AUGCAGUCAUCAAUUCUGCUGCUCGGUGUUCUUGCGACCGCUAUUUGCGCGACUCCAUUAGACCAACACCCCCUGGCUGACUCACAUGCCGUCACGGAAGAACCCAUCGAGUCGCAGGCAUCACCGAUAGAGGCAUCCACAUCUGGCUUGCAUGGCCGGUUUUUACACAUAACUGAUUUCCAUCCCGACCGAUACUACAAAUACCGUUCCUCGCUCACCGAUGACGAGUCGUGUCACAAUGGAAAGGGCGAUGCAGGAUAUUUUGGGAGCGAAGGCACAGAAUGCGAUUCGCCUUAUUCGUUGAUCAACGAGACAUUCCGCUGGCUGGAACAAAACCUGAAAGAUGAUAUUGACUUUGUGAUCUGGACUGGCGACUCGGCGCGUCACGACAACGACGAACAAAUCCCUCGCACACCACAGGAGAUUGAAGAACUGAACGAGUUCAUGGCCGAAAAAUGGGUGGACUUGUUCGGUACACGAAAGAAUGAUGAUCGUAUCAGUGGUUCACCACAGGUCUUGGUUCCCGUUGUACCUACUUUCGGGAACAAUGACAUUGCGCCACACAACAUCUUCAUAGAUGGCCCGAACAUCUGGACGAAGCGCUAUGCUGAGAUCUGGCGCCAUUUUAUUCCAGAGGAACAGCGCCACAGCUUUGUUGAGGGUGGAUGGUUCACUUCUGAACUGAUCCCUGGCAAGCUGGCGGCCAUCAGCUUGAACACCAUGUACUUCUUUGACUCCAACAGUGCUGUAGAUGGGUGUGCGGACAAAUCAGAGCCCGGAUACGAACAUAUGGAAUGGCUCCGUGUGCAACUGAAGAUUCUCCGCAGCCGCAACAUGAAAGCUAUAUUGAUUGGUCAUGUCCCCCCUGCACACACGGAAGAAAAGAACUUGUGGGACGAGACAUGCUGGCAGAAAUAUACGUUGUGGACUAGCCGCUAUCGCGAUGUCAUAGUUGGUAGUGCUUAUGGACACAUGAACGUCGACCAUUUCAUGAUCCAGGACAGCCAUGAUGUUGAUUUCGAUUUCCUCGCGGACGAGACCACACGCGACAGAAUCAACAUUCAGUCCAAGGCGGAUUAUAUCAAUUCUCUUCGCGAGCAGUGGGCAGACCUCCCAUCUCCUCCAUCUGGAGUUUUCGAUGACGAAAUCCCAUCAAGCUCGUCAGAGGUGGACGCAAAUAAGAAAAAGGGAAAGAAGAAUAAGAAGGACAAGAAAAAGAAGGAAGAGAAGAAGCGACGGAAGUUCCUCAAGAAGGUUGAAGGCCCCUGGGCUGAACGAUACAGCGUGUCUCUAGUCUCACCCAGUCUGGUACCAAACUACUACCCCACCCUUCGUGUGGUUGAGUAUAAUAUUACUGGCUUGGAAAAUGCCUUCGCACCGAACUCAAUGACAACAGACACCGAGUCAUUGCCGAACUCAGAUCUGCGAAGAGAUUCUUCUCCCAUGGCCCAUGAGAAGAAAAAGGAGAAGAAAGGAGAGAGAAAAUCUCACUUCAAGGUCCCAGAUGCACCCUCUUCCACUAGCCCCCCAGGGCCUGGAUAUUCCAAUCAGCCUCUCACUUGGCUCAAGUAUACCCAAUAUUAUGCCAACCUGACCAAGCUCAAUGAGGAGUACGAUGCCAAUGCUGAAAAGACCUCUCACAUCAACUUCGAAGUCGAGUACAGUACCGACGAUGAUGUAUACCAGAUGAAGGACUUGACAGUCCGGAGUUUUUUCCAAUUAGCCGCUCGUAUUGGAGAAGACGGCGAGGCCCAAAGCGCCAAGGAUAGCGCUACCAUCUCGAAGAAAGUGAACGAAGCCUGGAGCGCAUUUCUUACACGGGCAUUUGUUGGUUUCUUCGAUGUAGAUGACUUGAACGUGGAUUCUGAUUAA